UCUCUUGUCCGCCAUCCUAUGUGCGCUUGGAUUUGCUCCUCGCCAUGUCUUCUCACAAGACCUUCAGGAUCAAGCGAUUCCUGGCCAAGAAACAAAAGCAGAAUCGUCCCAUUCCCCAAUGGAUUCGAAUGAAAACUGGUAAUAAAAUCAGGUACAACUCUAAGAGAAGACAUUGGAGAAGAACCAAGCUGGGUCUAUAAUGAGCCUCACAUAUGAAGUGGCACACAUUAUCGGAACAUCACUAGUGUCUGUAACAGCUGCCUGUGUUUGAUGCUCUCUCCUCUUUUCUUGAUCUU